AUGUCAAACGUUCUCUCCCUUCUAGGCUGGGCCUUCUUGCCCAACCUAGUCACCGGCUGGGUCCAAGCAAUCUACUACGGUCUAGCAAUCCGCGCCGGUGAUCCCAAGCCUCAGCCCGGAACCGCGAAGUAUGCCAUCCACCGCCGCCGAAUCCACAUACUCGUCGUCUCCUUCUACCUCCUCUACACCCUUGUUGAGGCCGACCGCACCCUCCGCCUGCAAGGGACCUUCUACACCGACCUCGACGUCGCUGCAAGUGCCCCCGUCCGCAUAAUCAAGUCUCGCUUCCGCCGGCUGGCGGCCGUCUACCAUCCAGACAAGGCAGGCACAAAUGGCGCUGACACUGGCGCCGCCGCUGCACGCUUCAUGCACCUGAAGACCGCCUCAGAGACCCUCUCCGACCCAGCCCGUCGCUUCGCCUACGAGCGCUUCGGUCCCGAGGUCGGCGCCUGGCAGGGCUGCAAGACCAUUCACGACUUCGUCGCUCGUGGCAUUAUGCAGGGAACGAUCCCGUACUACGGCAUCGCGGCGGCUGCUACUUACGGCUUGAGUCUGCUGGGAUACCUCGACUGGGGACGAUACUGGCGGUGGAUUAUCCUUCUCACCUUCUUCGUCGCGGAGCUCAUCGUUGUUACUCGGCCCGAGAUGCCGCCAUUCCUAGCCAUCUUCAACACAGUGCUGAGCACAACCCUGCGCCGCCCACCCUAUCUUCAGUUCCAGUUGGUGUCGCUCGCUCGUCAGGCCGCUGUCACGAUCUACAUCGCCUUCGGCCAGCUCGGUCCUCUGCUGAACUCUCAGGGCCAGGCGGCGCAAAAAGCGGCCGAGAGCUCGGCGGCCGCAGUCGAUGAAGGCCUACAGCGGCUCGAGAUGAUGGCCCGCGGUCUGGACGGCGAGACGAGCAGGUUAUUGGAGAUGGAGAUGACGCCGUUUAUCGGCGAUAAGGAGGCGCUCAGCAGCGUGCGUGCCAAGGUCAAAGAUUGGUUGGUUCAGAACACCAUUAGGGCGGACCCGAUGGUCAGAGAUGCGAUUGGCAAGCAGUUCCAGAAACGCAGGGUCGAUGCACCAGCUGGUGCGAAGGGUAAUAGAUAG